GGCAACACUUCAAGAAUGGGGUGUUCCUACCACUUCGAUCCACAUACAUGUGGCAGGAAGACCACUGAGUUACCAUUAAGGGAUAUUAACGAGGACUUCUUUGUUGUCUUUUUUCCAGAAUGCCCUUGGCCUAGAUUGUCAUCACAAACCAGUGUGGUCACAAAGGGUCAAAAUGUAUCUCUGAUUUGUUCCACCAAGAAAAAAUCUCUGGCAAUCAAGUACUCUUUUUUUCGGGGUGAGAAAUACCUGAGAAGUGAAGAUACGAAAGGUGAAUCCAAUAUUUUCAACCUAAGCAUCUCAGAAGCCCAUGAUUUGGGCCCCUACAAAUGCAAAGUCCAAGAUCCUAUAAAUGGAGAUUUCCACUGUGCUAAAUACAGUCCUGACUUCACCUUCACAUCGGUAGACCCAGUGGCCACCCCGGUCCUGAACAUCAGUGUCAUUCAGACAGAAGCAGGCCUAUAUAUAAUACUACGCUGCAUCUCGCUCAACGGCUCAUUGCCCAUCAACUACACUUUCUUUGAAAAAAAUGUUGCCAUGUCACCAGCUAUUUCCAAGGAUGAAAGGGAGCCUGCCGAAUUUAACUUCACCAAGAAGAGCAUCCAAGGAGGGGAAGAGUAUAAGUGUAAAGCUAAAAACAGAUGGUCUAACAACGCAAAAUACAGUCAGCGCACCACCAUGCCUUCAAUAGGUAAGAGCUACCUGAGCCAGAUUCUUUCAACAGGGUCUCGGUUUUCUUCCAGAAAUGGCAGCUGCUCUUCUGCCCACCCACUUCCCACUUUGGCCACCUGCUUCCAAUGUCUCCCCUCUAGGAGGAUGCACACAAACUCUGGUGGGCUUGCUUACUGCCACAAAUGAACCACAGAAAAGUCUAGAAGCUGGGGCAGGAAGGACCCUGUAGUGAGAUUUGCUGACCCAACUCUGAUUCCUGCUGUGUCCUUCUACCACCCAGGUUCUAACCAGCCACAUGAGAAUUUGUAUCUCUCUUAGAUGCACCUCCUGGUUUUCUUUAACUUUUUUUUAAAUUGAUUUUUAAUGCCUAUGCCUGCCCAACUGGCUGUUUACUGCUUGACUGUUAACAUUUGGUGAGUCUAGACUCCCAGCAGAGACAAUGGUGAAACAUUCAGCUGCUAACGGAAAGGUUGGCUGUUUGAACCCACCCAGUGGCUUCGUGGGAAAAAAGAUCUGGCAAUAUGCUUCCCUA